AUUAAAAAAAAGUUUGUAUAGUUUGGUAAAGAAGCCAAACUUUUUGAGAUAUAAAAUAGAGAGGUCUGGGGUGAAAUAGGAGGAAAGACAUUAGUAUAGGGUGGAAUAUGGUGCCAACCCUUAAAAUAGAGCACUCCCUACUCUUGUGCUCUCCACUGCUAACCAAAAAGAUGUUACUAAAAAAACUAUGGCAUUAACGCCUUGUGCUAUAUAAACAAAUCUAUCGCCAGACCAAAACAAUCACACCAUAGAUUUCAUUACAAACCGUUGAAAUAAGAAAUGAUGGGAAGUGGAGUGAUAACCAGGGGCGGAGGCAGCUUAGUGGGUGGGGGGUCAGCUGACCCCACUUCUUUUUUGUACAAAAAAAUUUUAGAUAAAAUUUGUAUAAUUUUUUUAUUGACCCCAUUAAAAAAAUAAAUUUGACCCCAGAAAAAUAAUUACAAAACAUUAAAGACAAAAUUUAAUUACAACUAAUAUAUUUUUAUUUUUAAAACUUUGGAUUUAUAUUAGUUUUAAUCUUAUUUUUCUAUAAUUACAAAACUUUAGUAAAUCACUAAACAUAUUUUGUAAUUUUAAACAUUGUUAAUGUUAGUUUAAUAUAGAAACAUUAAAAAUAAACAAACUUAAAAAAAAAAAUUUUAAGCUAUGAGUGAGUGUCGAAUAUAUUUCUAGUUUUUUUUGGAGUAAUACAUUUGUAAUUUUUUUUUGGUCAUUUAUACAUUAUGCUUUUGAUUUUUUUUUGACCCCAGUACAAAAAAUGUAUGGCUCCGCCACUGGUGAUAACUGUAAUGGUUGUAGCAAUAGCUUUCUUCAUGAUCGGUUCCGACAAUGUCAACAUGGCGAAAGCUCAGCUCUGUGGAGCUAAUCUGUCGGGACUGGUGAACGAGUGUCAACGUUACGUUAGCAACGCCGGACCAAAUUCUCCGCCGCCGUCUCGGUCCUGUUGUGCUCUGAUCCGUCCUAUAGAUGUACCGUGUGGUUGUCGCUACGUUACUAGGGAUGUUACGAACGAUUUUGAUAUGGACAAAUUGAUUUACGUUGCUCGUUCUUGUGGCAAGAAGAUUCCAUCUGGCUAUAAAUGUGGAAGUUACACCAUUCCGGCGGCUUAG